UGUGUGCGCGCGCUCGCCUCACCUCACCUAUCGUGUCCGCGCGCGCGCAGGAGAAGAGCAGCAGGGCCACCACCACCACGACGUGCGGCAGGGCGCCAUGGAGGAGCACUCGCCCACGGCCGCCGGCGAGGCCGGGGGCGGCGGCCGCCGGUACCGCGGCGUGCGGCAGCGGCCGUGGGGCAAGUGGGCUGCGGAGAUCCGCGACCCGCACAAGGCGGCCCGCGUGUGGCUCGGCACGUUCGAGACCGCCGAGGCCGCGGCGCGCGUAGACGAGGCCGCGCUCCGCUUCCGCGGCAGCCGCGCCAAGCUCAACUUCCCCGAGGACGCGCGCCUCACCACCCCGUCCACCGCGGUCGCCGCCGCUCCGGCUGCCGCGGCGGCGGCGUCCGCGACGGCGGCGAUGGCCGCCUCGAGUGCUGGCGCGUACCCGGCCAGCGCCGCCUCGGAGUACCUGCAGUACCAGAUGCUCCUGCAGGGAGCCGCCGCCGGCCAUGGCGGCGGCUUUCCUCAGUACUACGGCGGUGGCGCCAUGAGCAGUUCUUCGGGCUCCUACUCCUUCCCCGCCUCCUCUGUCACCGUGGCUUCUGUGCCGCCGUCCUCUGCUCCGGGCUACGGCGAGGCGGCGCAGUGGGGCAGCACGAGCUGGCCGGAGAGUGCGUGGAGCUAUCCGGCGACUACUGGUUCUUGGUCUGAUUCCAGCCACUACCCACCGUCAACUCGUCCUCCUCAAUAGUCCAUGCAGUAUCGUCUCCCCUUCUUUUUUUCCUCUCCGAAGUCCGAAAGAAGAAAGCUUGUUUGAUCGAGAAGAUAGCGAGAAUUCGUUCAAGAUGCAUGCAUCCGUGCAAAGAUCCAGAAGAAGGUUGCAGUAUUCUGUUUCUUCUUUGCUUGUUUGAGUUGAUCCUGUAUUAAUCAUGUGGCGAUUAUUCUCUUGCAACUGAAUGGAAAAGCACGUGAUAAAUAACAUUUUAUUAAGAA